GAGUGAGUUGGCUGAUGAACACAAACGCUGCAAGACUGCCUUCUCGCCAGCACGUUUCAUCUCUUCUCUCACCAGUCAUGACUAUUAUCUGGGUCUGCAUCUCUUCACUUCUGGCUUUUUCUUCUGUUUUCUCUGAUCAAAACACAAGCAACAUAAAAGUUUUCCCAGCAGCCAACCAGAGCAAAGCUGGAGUAAUCCAGGUGAGUUACCAAAACAACCGAAACCAUCUUCAGUACGCCUUCAAUGCCUCUGAAGCCCGGAAGAUUUGUCAGUCCCUCGGACUCAGCAUCGCCUCGAAGGCUCAGGUGAAGGAAGCUCUCAGCAGAGGUCUGGAAACAUGCAGGUUUGGAUGGACUGAUGAACAAAUUGCAGUCAUUCCUCGAAUCCACGCAUUGGCUAAUUGUGGCCAAAAAAAAACUGGACUGGUGCUGUGGCGAGCCCCCGUAACAAACCGGUUUGAUGUAUUCUGCUUUAACGAAUCAGAUGCAUUAAUACAACUGAAGGACACAGUGACUAAUAACCCCCUGAGCAGCUCUGAGCAUGCAAACUCAGUAAACUCCACCCUCACAACCCAGUCUAUGUCCUCGUCCUCCACCCAUCCUCCUUCCUUUACAUCAACUGAUAAAACCAUGAGCAAUGAGGUGGAGCCAGCCCGAUUUGUUGGCAGUGCUCAAACCUUUGCUGGAUCAAAAGUUGUACUCAUCUCCUGCAUCUGUGGCCUACUCUUUACCAUAAUAUCUUUUGUUGCAUACUUAAAACUAGGAAGGCACUGUCAUUUGCGCUCUGACGAGAAGCAGCAGCAGCAGCAGCAAGAUUACACCCAGACAGAAGAGUGGAUAUCUGUGAAGACCAUUGCAGAAACCACUAAAGAAGUUCAGGAGGAUCAGAGGAUAGACGUGGACGAUGGUGAAGAAUAAGCAGAAUAAGCUUUUUAACUAUGUUUGGGAGGAGAAUGCAUAUGUACCUAUUUAAUAUUUUGUGUAAUCUGUCAGUCGGUGAAGUUCCGUAGUUUAGCCACUAGAGGGACAUGUUUACAAACAUUUUGAUUGGCAACAUUUUAUUGUUAUGAUUCUCUUUGUAGAUUAAACCAAAAAAAGGCAGCUCUCUUGCACAUUUUUAUUUCAUGAGAUUUUUCUAACAAAACAAUUCAUAAAACACAUUAAAGAAGACAAAGGAAAUGUCACCUAUCCAUAUUUUUCUUUAAACCAUUUUGUCUCAUCUCUGGCAUUCAGUGUAUACUGUCAGUAACAGUUUUACAUUUUUUAUAGCAUAUACUUUUCAGAAAAUACGUUGUAAAGUAUCAUACUUUAUACAUAUAGGUGUUACGUAAAAGACAAUAGCAAAUACAAAUCAAUUUCACAAGUCUGUCCCGGUCUUGGUAAGCUGUAACUACUUUUUUUCACUUGAAGAAGUGAUCUUUAUAUUAACUAUCAGAGCCAUUGGGUUAUUUUUAAAUAAAGCAAACCAAUGGUAACAGAGAA